GUCAGCUAAACAUAUGCCCCCAUCGAUAAGGCAGUCAUCCAAAUUCCCAUCGCUCCUAUAAUGCGGGUGCCAGCCUUCCAGUGGGCCAAGAACAACCGCAGCAAACUUAGCUGUUAAUCUUGUGUUGACAUACAUCCGCAUGUUUCAUUGAUUACCGUUGCAGGGUGUCUUUCUAUAGCCGCGUUUAUCAUGGCGUCCAGUACACCAGUAGGUGUGACUACAACGAGCACCGUCAAUACAUAUACAAUAACAACAUUGGCCUUGUCAACAGUCUACACCCCGCCAGCUGGCUGUUCUAAUUCUUUCACAUACGAAGAUCAACUGGCAAACAACGUGAAGAACGGUCUCCUAAUCCAAAACGAUGCAGCUCCCAUGGCGUCAUGCUUUCCAUCAGGAUUCACCCAUACUGGGAGAAUCAUCGAGACAGAUCUCGUCUACAGCCCAGGAUGGUGCCCAGUGGGGUACACCUCGGCUAAUGUGAUCAUCUCACAGGCAGUGACAACUGCAAUCUGCUGUUAUCCGGGGUUCAACUACUAUACUGAAAUAGUUUAUCAAGCAGAUGGGACAUGGACAUAUGCCGGCUGCCUUAGCAAUUUACCGUCGUCGAGUUCUAUCAUAUUCACGGAUCGUGAAAGCGAAAUAAGCACACAAAUCACUGGGCCAGUAACCAUGUGGGCGCAGCCCAUUAAAGUCGAGGUCCAGUCUUCCGACCUAAGUCUUUUUGUCUCCGCAUCGACAACAUCUACAUUAUCCGAGACAGUGUCAUCUACCACCGCGUCAACCUCGGCGUCCGCAACAAGCUCUGCUACCUCCGGCGGAAGAGUCACUGGAAUAUCUAGCGGCGCUGAAAUCGGUAUUGGCGUGGGAGUAGGCGUCAUUGCUGCGUUUAUCCUGGCGGGUAUCUGCUAUCUGAUUUUACGGCACCGUAAAGUACGGAAAUCACCAAGUGUCAGUGUUCAAUACCCAUAUCAAUAUGGUGGUGAUGUCAUGAGUAGGAAGGUGAUCAGACAAAUGUUUCCGUCCGAGCUGGCUGCAACAUCUAAUUCGGGAAGUAGAGCCGAUGCCCAUGAGCUUUAUGCUUAGAUGCUGGUCUAUUGUGCAUAUCUCAUCCCUCUCUUGUACUGAAGGAGUAUCUAUGUGCGGCUUUCUAGAACUCUUAGCCUAUAAUCUCUGUUCUUGAUAUUAUGUUCAAUUUCAUGUAU